UAUAUCAUCAUGUCUUCCACAACGGCUGCUGCUAGCACGAUUGCCCGUGGAGUUCAAAAGUUAUUCAUUGGCAAUCUUCCGUGGACGGUCAGUACGAAGGAGCUAAAAUCGUACUUUUCCAAAUACGGGCAUGUUCAUUCGACUAACGUGAUUUAUGACAAGACCACUGGAAUCAGUCGUGGGUACGGAUUUAUCGUGUUCAGUACGCGCGAGGGCUACACCAAUGCCACCAACAACAGAUUGCACGUUCUAGAAGGACGUGUUCUAGACUUACAGCCUGCCUCUUCAUGAAGGAAAAAGAAUAAGGGUGAUUUCACCACAAAUAAUAGAGAUAAAUGUUAAGCGCUAUAAUGUGAACAAUUUUUAUAUG